UUAGUAGAUGUGGGCACCGAAUGGCGAUCAUUUAGCAAUGAGAAUUCCAGUGCAGAUCCAUCACGUGUCGGUGCACCGGAAAAUCCGUUUCUUGGCGGUGCUGAUCUGACCACCUCUAUUGCUGUUGGUCAUGGUAACAGUUCGACAACUGGCCACAGGUAA